AUGCAUGCAGCAUCUUCCCUCCCCACUUACUUUCUCUCUCAACUCUCCUCCUCCUCUCUCCCUCCUCCUCCCUCCCUUUGUCACACACACAUAUCAUCUCUUAUCUUCCCGUCUGUGUCGUCUGUGUCUCAACAUCUGUCUCUCUCACACAGACACUUACAGCCUCUUCUCCCCCCUCCGUCUCCCUCUCUCUUCUUUCUCUCACUCAGACACGCAGAAACGCUCGCGCAACCCCAGCUUCAACACAUACCUCACACUUAUGCCGACUGGCACCCAAGGACAGAGCACCCUCUCUCUCUCUCUCCCCCUCUCCCUCCCUCCCUCUAUCUCUCUCCCUCUCUCCCUCUUUCUCUCCCUUUCUCUGUCUCAGUCCUGCUGUCUGGGUCUGUGAGAGUGUGUGUGUUUCUGGGCUUCCCCGACUCCGAGCCGAGCAGCUCACACACUCCUGAGCAUUUAAGGACGAGGACCAGGAGGAAGAGGAGGGUCAUGGAGCACAGCCACAUCUUCCCCCUCCUUUCCCCCCCCAACAGCAGUGCCUGGAGCCCGGGGCAGCAGCUGGCCGACACUCCCCAGGGUUGCCCCCUCGGACCACUGCCCGUCAUCUACUACAGCGCCCUGCUCUGCCUCGGCCUGCCCGCCAACAUACUCACUGUCAUCAUCCUCUCCCAGCUGGUGUUACGGCGUCAGAAGUCCUCCUAUAACUACCUUCUGGCGCUCGCCGCCGCUGACAUCCUGGUCCUCCUGCUCAUCGUCUUCGUCGACUUCAUAUUGGAGGACUUCAUUUUGGGUGCGCCCCUUCCCCCCUCCCUCAACAAGGCAGUCCAGGUCCUGGAGUUCUCCUCCAUCCACACCUCCAUCUGGAUCACGGUCCCCUUGACCGUUGACCGUUAUAUUGCAGUCUGUCACCCGUUGAAGUAUCAUAGCGUUUCCUACCCGGCCCGCACACGGCGGGUCAUCAUGGGCGUCUAUAUGGGGUGUUUGGUGUCUGCGGCACCUUACUACUGGUGGCCUGAGCUGUGGCAUGGUUUACCUGGAGGUGGUACAGGAAGUGGAGGAAGGGGGAGUAGUAGUAGUGCUGCACAGCAUGUGCUAGUCUGGGUGCACUGUGCAACUGUCUAUCUCCUCCCCUGCUCCGUCUUCUUCUCCCUCAAUGCAAUGAUCGUCAGGAAGCUCCAGCGCCGUCGCAGCUGCUUCCGCCUGCGCGGCUACUCCACGGGCAAGACCACCGCCAUCCUACUCGCCAUCACUUCCGUGUUUGCCGUCCUCUGGGCACCACGCACCGUCAUGAUCCUUUACCACCUGUACACGGCGCCGCCGGCGUCCCCGGGUCCCGCCCGCCUUCUGCACCUCCUAACCGAUGUGGCGAACAUGCUAGCUCUCCUAAACACCGGGGUCAACUUCUUUCUCUACUGUUUCAUCAGCAAGCGUUUCCGGACCAUGGCGGCCACGGUUCUCCGGACGUUGUUCCGAUGCCGUAAGCAGCCGCCGCCGUUCUACGCUGGACACAACUUCUCUAUCACCAGUAGCCCCUGGAUCUCCCCUGCUAACUCCCACUGCAUCAAGAUGCUGGUAUACCAGUACGAUAAGAACGGCAAGCCCAUCUGCAUCUCCUCGUGA